AUGAUGGCGGUGCUACCGCCCUCGCUGCUUCCUUUAUCACUCUUCUUCUCCUCCCUAUUCUUCUUCCUCAUCCUCAACAUCAGACCCGUGUCGAGCGCGGCCUUUGUCCAUGCCACCAACACCGCCGCCGCCACCACCGCGAGCAACUGGGCCAAGAACCCAAACGACACGGCGAGCCCCAACGCGCUUUCUCAACGACAAGCCUCGUCAUCAUCAUCGUCGCCAUCGUCAUGGUCCUCGUCCCCCGCGUCGCAGUCUUCGGCCAUCGCCUGCGGCUUCCGCGACGGCAACCCGUCCGAGCCCCUGAUCCCGGACCCGGGCUUCGACUGCCGCAUCGACGCGAUACAAGGGAUCUGGGGCGUCUGCGCGACGAGCAUCGUGGACACCGUGCGCUGCUUCCUCCCCGGCAGCUGCGUCGACGACCACGGCUGCAAGGACGCGUGCGACGCCGUGGACAGGCCGGACUUGACCACCACUUGCGAUGGCGGCAAGCACUGCUCGACAGCCCUGCUGAUACUCGGGCCCGACGAGCCAACGUACGCGUCCAUCGGCUGCGGCCUGGGCCUUUCAACUGAUCACUACCUGAUAUAUCCGACGACGACGUUGGCGCCGGCGGGGAGCCGAUCCACCACCGCGCAAGCAGCCGGCGGCUCUUCGACGACCGGCGAGGGGACCAAGACGACGGCAUCUGCCAUCGCCACCACCACCACCACCACCACGGCGGGUAAAUCUCCAAACACGCCGUCCCCCACAGGAGCACGACGCUCGUCGCGGCCCGCGUCCUUGUCAUCUUCCGAAACUGCAUCGCCCGUGACCACUACCACCGCCACGACGACGACGAAGACGUCUCCGCCACCUAACCACACGGCCACAACAACGAUACCCAGCAGCGGCCAGGAGGGCGCGGAGAACCAGGGGAGAUCCAAGGGCGGCGGCGGGGCGGCGCCCAACAACACCGCGUGGAGCGGCAUCAUCGUCGGGGGCGCAGUCGGCGGCCUGGCGGUGCUGUGCGCCUCUGCCGUCACCAUCGUCUACCUGGUCCGGCGACACCGUGGCGCGGCCUCUCUUCUUCAUCAUCAUCAUCAUGACCACGACGGCGAUGCCACCGCCGCCACCCCCGGCGACGGCGACCUAGAAGAAGGCCUCGUGGAGCCAAAGAAUCCAGGGGCUGCGUCCGAGUUACCCGCUGGUCCUGGGACGCCGCGCUGGCACGUGGAAAUGCCUGGCUGAGGAUUGACUGUUUGUUUGUUGUUGUUGAAAUUGUUGGAUUCGAAACGCUCGUGUAUGGAAAGCCAAGAGGUCACCACCAGCCAUCAUCGCCUUGAGUCCUCCUAACUGUCAGGCAAUGAACGGGCCCUAAUGAUACAAAUGAAGAUGAAUAUUGCCAUGGACCCUCGCAGAUGCACAUCGACGUUGCUGUCUCGUCGAUGAUAAAGUCAUGGUCGCGGUAUCUUUGUUCCUCCAGUUGAUAGAUGUCUGUUGUCCGAAACAUGUCAUGGAGCUGCC